AGGGUUAUACCAGAUCAAGUACUUGGUACUUUAACGCCUGUCCAACCCAAUGGUAGCUGGCACCACUUAUCGUCGCGUUGAGAAGCAUACCGAGAAGACUGAGGUCGAAGAUGGUGAAGUUCGUAUUACCUCUGUCGGUCGAGUUAAUAACUUCGUAGAUGAUGCAAUCCAUUGGUUCCUCGGUGACGAUGAUGACCAUAAGGCUUGCAAGAGCGUUAAGAUCAUGGCCAGAGGUGUGGCAGUGGCCAAAGCCGUCAUUGUGUCGGAAAUCCUCAUCCGCCGUGUUCCUGGGCUCAAGCAAGCCGUCGAGCUCGGCAGCAAUGACGUCGAGGAGGAGUAUGAGCCCGUUGAUGAUGCUGAGAAGGAUCACGUUAAACAAGUCCGUAUCGUACCAUAUCUUGUCAAUACCCUAACAGCUACGAAGCCUCUUACUAAGGACGACAUAAAGCCUGAUGAAUUCGUCGAACGCCCUGAUCUCGCCGGUGACGGAGGUCGUCGUAAAGGCGGUGGGAAGGGCCGUGGUGGGAAGGGAAAAGGUGGUCGUGGCGGUCCCCGUAGUGGCGGCGACCGUCCUCGUGGUAAAUCGGGCGAGUCUAAUAAGAAUGAGAAGACCAAGGGUGGCAAGAGUGGAGGAGAUAAUAACGUGGCCGCCUAGAAGAUUCCCUGGAUGGGUAGUCGUUGUCAUUAAGAUGAGUCCUUCGUAGUGGUGAUGAUGAUUGAGUAAUCAGAUCAUUCUGAGCUUCUUCCUCGUCCCCACUUCUGCUGUCGUUAUUAUUAUUUGUGCUAAUCCUUAGUCGAACUGUGAAUCGUCCAUGGCGAGUUGAUAACGUCGUCCUAAGCAAUCUAUCAACUGUUGA